CCCAUACGAAAUCGAAUUCUAUUCAAAACCCUAAAAAUCUUUGACAAAAUUCCAAUUCAAUUCGAAACUGGGUAUUCAUCAGAAGUUGAGAUUGAUACCAAUGUCUUCAACGGAAUCUCCGACUGCUGCUAAGAAAGUGGUUAUUCAUCUCAGAGCUACUGGUGAUGCCCCUAUUCUGAAGCAAGCCAAAUUCAAGAUACCUGGAACUGACAAGUUUGCUAAAGUGAUAGACUUUUUGAGGAGGCAACUUCACCGGGAUACGUUGUUUGUGUAUGUCAAUAGUGCAUUCUCGCCAAACCCAGAUGAAUUGGUGAUGGAUCUAUAUAAUAAUUUUGGUUUUGAUGGUAAACUGGUGGUCAACUAUGCUUGUUCCAUGGCGUGGGGCUAACUAUCAGUGUGGGGUUGGCAGACAUAUAACUAUUGAUAAUGUGGACAUCAAAUUUUCCUUUCCACCCAAGAACAUGUUACAUGAGUUGCUGAUGGAGACAUGAUAUUUUGGACUCUGUUCUUUCAAUUGGUGGGCAUGUAACUUUUAAACAAGUCUAGAUGUAAAGGCAAACACUGAUAUAUGAUGGUACUGUUCAAAAGAUUUACCUUUAUUCACAAUUUUUGAAUCAUAGCGAGUGAGUUUGUCUAUCUAAUGCUUUUCCAUCUGUUAAAAAUGUAAAGCGACAAUGAUAGAGCCAUAGAGGUGAUCAAUAUCGCCAGCCUGUUAUCGUACAGAUCUAUAUCAAAUCAAAUGAUUGUGGUAUUGAAAUUUUACAGCGCCUCCAUGGUAGUGGAUCACCUCUGGCUGUUCUGAAUUGUGCUAGAAUUUGAUAAGCUUGUUCUUGUUUAAGUGGCUGUGGUGUGGUUUCUGUGUUGCAGAUCAUGAAAUGUUGUUUCUGUGUAGUUGAAAGACUUUAAAAUCCAACAGAAGCCACUGAAGUCUGUC